AUGACAAAGAAAAUGAAAAUUAAAAGAACACAAAACCUGGAUUAUGUUAUUAUUAGACACUCUAAGGAAUUUGAUUUUCUUUUUUAUAUCUUAUACAGAUAUAUCACCCUGCUCCUACAGACAAUAAAUGACAAAGUUAUCAGCGACAUCACGGGCCUGCGGACCUUUCGGGUGCUGCGUGCAUUGAGGACUUUAUCAAUCAUCCCUGGUUUGAAAACCAUGGUCAAUGCCCUUUUACGUGCGCUUCGUAUGCUGAUUUCUGUACUCAUCCUCAUCCUCUUCUGUUUGUGGAUCUUCUCCCAAGCUGGAGUUCAGCUUUUCGGAGGAGCUUUGCGCCACAAAUGUGUCUUACAAAUCCACGGUAGUCCAGCCUUUGGAAAAACCUAUGAUGAGUUCUAUACUGAACACAUUGAAGAUAGUGAUAACUGGUUAGCAAAAAGUAAUGGAGACUAUGUUCUCUGUGGAAAUGCGACAGGGGCAGGGUAA